AACACUGUAAGUUGAGUUACCGCCAAAUCAACAAGUGACAGUUUGUCGGCACCCUUUGUUUACAAUUCAACUUUAUAACCUUUUCAAUAGUUUUUUUUAAUAUCAUGGAAAAAAUGAAAUUACGGUCCUCCGGACCACUCGAACCAAAAAAAAUAAAAAAGGAAGUUGUCGAUGUGAAAACCUUGCCUUUUUUGAAGUACAGAGGAAAAGUAGAGUAUUACAACAAUUCAAUAGACUGUGCAAUAAGCUGCGAUAAAUUACUGCAACUUGCGAACAAGACGUCCGAAGAUUUUGUACUUGGUUUUGACAUGGAAUGGCCGUUUAGUUUUCAAACUGGCAGUGGAAAAACGGCAUUAAUUCAAAUUGCACCAAACUUAAAUACAUGCUACCUGUACCAUGUCAGUACCUUAACAAAAAUUCCCGUUGUGCUGUACGAGCUUUUAUCACAUAGUAAAGUGAAGAUUGUCGGAGUUAAUAUCAAAAAUGAUAUACAUAAACUCUCGAGGGAUUUUCCCGGAAUCGACUCUCUGCGAAUAGUAAACAACUGUAUUGACUUGAGACCAAUGGCGAGAUCUGCCGAGCAAGCACUCUCUUCUUAUAGUAUGGAAAAGCUAGUCAAUCAUUUUUUAAACAUGCAAAUUAACAAGAGCAAAAACGUUCGUAAUAGUAAAUGGGAUGUGGUCCCCUUAUCAAAGGAACAGAUAGAAUAUGCCGCAACAGAUGCAUACGCUUCGCUGAAACUUUAUUUGCAUUUAAAGGAUCUACAAGUGGAUGUAAAGGACGAAUUUAUCAAUUGAUAAUUCAAAUUUUAAUAAUUUUUGAUUUGUAAAAAAAUUUUAAUACACUUAAAAUAAUAUAUUUUUUAAUAAAUGUUUUACUUAUGCUCUG